GCACAACUCCUCCCAUGCAAUCACUCUUUACCUGCACGGCUUCGCAGAGCACCCACAACCCCGCAGACACCUUGCCCUGCCUCAGAGGUGUGCAGAGUCAAUCAAUAUUUCAAGGGAAGAAGACACUUUGAGCUUCAGAACCAACACACGAUGAGCAAGACACCGAUAGACGGAGACAGGCCCGAACCUGGGUCAGACCAAACUGUGGAACUGGAAGAUUUGGAUCCAGGGAACGACGAGCUGAGGAGUCCGAGGGGAUUGGAAUGGCUGCUCAUGAAAGACAAGCCGGUUAGAAGCCCUUCCCCCAUGGACACCACCGUGGUGGCCGUCACCAUAGGAGAGGAGUUCAGCGCGGUGGAACAUGCGUUCAGUGGAAAGUUUACCCGGAGUAAGGUGUUUGAGGCUGCUUCCAGAGGAGACCCUGGCCCCCUAAGCGGCCUGCAGGAUUUCCUGCAGCUCCACCAUCUGAAGCUCACCAGCCCAGAGUACAUAGAUGAAGGCAAUGGUAAAACAGCCCUUCUGAAAGCCCUUCUAAACCUGAAUGACGGAAAAAACGACACCAUUCAAGUCCUGCUCGACACAUCUGAGAAAAGUGGAGACCUGAAAGAAUUUGUCAACGCGGCUUACAAUGAUGAGCACUUCAAAGGCCAGACGGCCCUGCAUGUGGCCAUCGAGCGGCGGAGCUUCGAUCAGGUGAAGCUCCUGGUGGAGAAAGGAGCAGAUGUGCAGGCCAAAGCAAACGGAGCCUUCUUCCAGCUCAAUUCAAAACGGGGCUUUUAUUUUGGUGAGCUCCCCCUCUCAUUGGCAGCCUGCACCAACCAAUUAGAGGUGGUCUCCUUCCUCAUGGAGAACCAGUACAGGUGUGCUGACAGCCGGGACCACGACUCCCUGGGCAACACGGUGCUUCACGCCCUGGUGGUCAUCGCCGACAACACCGUAGAGAACACAGAGUUCAUCGUGCGGAUGUACGACGAGGUGCUCAUCCGGGACACCAGGCUGGCCCUGAAAGGAGAAGUCUCCCUGGAGGCCAUCGAGAACAAACAUGGCCUGACACCGCUGAAGCUGGCCGCCAAGAUGGGGAAGAUAGGGCUGUUCAGGUAUUUGGUGCAGCGGGAGUUCACAGACGAAGGGACCAAGGGGCUGUCCCGGAAGUUCACUGAUUGGAUCUACGGGCCCAUCCACUCCUCGCUGUACGACAUGACCUCCAUCGACACCAGCGAGGAAAACUCAGUCCUGGAGAUCAUUGUCUUUGGGAAUGCCAUCAAGAACCGUCAGGAGAUGCUGCAGGUGGAGCCUCUACACAGCCUGCUGGAGGAGAAGUGGGAAAGGUUCGCCCAAAAGUUCUUCCUGGUCAACUUCCUGGUAUAUCUGGUGUACCUGGGCGUCUUCACCACUGUCGCCUUCUACAGGAAGGAAGGGCAGGACAGACGCCGCCCCACCUCCACACAGUAUCUAAAGGAUUUAGAACAACAAUCCUGUGGAUCAAAGCCUCCGUUCCCCGUGGAGAACACCCCUCUGGACUGGUUUCGCUGUAUCGGGGAGCUGGUCAGUGUGCUGGGGGCAGUCUACUUCUUCAUCAAAGCGAUAGUUGAUUUCAAGAGGAAACCACCACGCAUCAAAUCCAUGUACAUCGAUGGAUUCAAUGAAAUAUCCUUCUUCCUGCAGGCCUCACUUCUCCUAGUGUGCACCGUCUUGUAUGCGUUCGGGUGGAGGGCGUAUGUGGGCCCCUUGGUACUGUCUUUGGCCCUGGCCUGGAUCAACCUCCUCUACUUCACUCGGGGCUCAAAGCGCAUGGGCAUGUACAACGUCAUGAUACAACGGAUCAUAUUAAGCGAUAUAAUUUGCUUUCUAUUUGUCUAUGUGGUCUUUCUCUUUGGAUUUUCUGCCGCGGUGGUGGCCCUCAUAGAGGAGAACCCCCCCGAUCACGCGCAGAGCCGUUCCCGGGCGUUCGUGUGCCGAAAACCGACGUACAACAACAUCCGCUUCACGGCACUGGAGCUGUUCAAGUUCACCAUCGGCAUGGGAGACCUGGAGUUCACGGACAACGUGCAGUACAUCGAGGUGUUCUACAUCCUGCUCAUCAGCUACAUCGUGCUCACCUACAUCCUGCUGCUCAACAUGCUCAUCGCCCUGAUGAGUGACACCGUGGAGAGGGUGUCCCGGGAGAGCGAGAGCAUCUGGAGACUGCAGAGGUCUCUGACCAUCCUGGACCUGGAGAGAGCACUGCCCCGUUGCCUGAGGGACAGGCUGCAAUCCGGCAUGAUGAAGACCCUGUGUUUGCCCACCGGAAAUCGGACAUGCUUCAGGGUGGAGGAGGUAAACUGGAAAAAAUGGCGGUCGAAUCUGGGCAUCUUGAAGGAGGAAGAGCCAGAGCUGGAGAUGGAACCAGAUAUCUUGAUGAUCAGCCCCCGACAAAAACGGCGUAUAUGGAACAUGGGUCCACUCUUCUCCAUGGCUCGUGGCAGAAGAUCUGGAAGAUCUGAUCCCCAACACACCGUCAUCUGACCUCCUCUACCGUCAACUGUGCAGAAGCUCCUUGAUCUUCAGCACAGUUUCUCUCAAAACUGGGUCCUGACAGUGAACCUGAGUAAAACCAAAACAAGGAUACUUGAAAAAAGUCCCAGCCUCCACCAAAUAGACAUGCCACGGGACACUGUUACUCUGAGGCGAACAAAAAACUAUACCUACCUCGGCAUCAACAUGAACACCACAGGAUAUUUCAAUAAAGCUGUGAAUGACCUGAAAGACAAGGCAAGGAGGGACUUUUAUGCCAUAAAAAGAAACAUCAAACUAGUCACCCGAAUAAGAUCUGGCUCAAAAUAUUUGAUGCAGUUAUAGCGCCCAAUGCAUUCUAUGGGUGACACCCUCUAUGCAGAAUUCUGCAAGUCUAUCCUAAGAGUCCAAAGAGGAGGUGAACUGGGAAAAAUGGUCGGCGAAUUUCGGCAUCUUGAAGGAGGAAGAGCCAGAGCUGGAGGGGGAACCGGAUCCCUUGUUGAUCACUGCCCAACUAAAACUUAUGAAUUCAUUAACACAUCUGUGCUUUGAGCAAUUGACACAAGAAAUAACUUGUUGGCCGUGUUCUUCUUCCAGGACUUUUUUGGAAUAUAAGCCCACUUUUCGACAAGGUUACUUCCAGAAAAUAUGGAAGAUCUGAGGCCCAAUAUACCGUCAUUUGACCUCCUCAACCUCCUACUGUCUGCUCCUGAAACACCUCAAAGGCUGUUCUUUAACUUACUCAUCAUCCUUAACUUAACACCUGCCCUAGCUUAGCUCAUUACCUUUUACCUAACAUCUUACUGUCUCGCCCUGAACUCUCCAUUUCCUUAACUAAACAUCUCGCAGCCUGUCCCUUUCACUCUGGGACUGGGAGGUGGGACAAUUAGGUCCUUUUGGAAACCUUUCGGAACCUAGGUUGUUAGAAAUAGUUAGAAAUAGUUAGAAAAUAAAUAAAACCAUGGUCUGAAUGGAGGACAUUAUAAUGAAAUGGAAGGUUAUAUAGGUUUGGAUUGGAGAAAAUAUAAAAUCCUACCUUUCCAAGUAGUAGCACACGUUUUUGCAAACAUGUGUAAACUUAAAUGGAAUCAAUGAGCAAGACUCUCUUUUAAAGCAUUUUGAUCAUGAUUUAUCAAAUGAUUGUGAGUUCUUCCUGAUUCAAUAUUGAUUUGAAAUGCAUAAGUUGUCUCCUCUUUUUUUAUUUGAAAACUGCAUUACUUUCUACUACUCAAUGCCAAACAAAAAAGCAUUAAUUUUAUGAGACUGUUUUAUUUAGCUUGUUUUUAAGAUGUCAGCUAUUUGUAUCUAAAUUUAUGUCAAUCAAUUUAUGCUGGUUGUGUUCACUUUUUGCCUAAAGUGAAUGAAUAUUGUUGAAAUCA